AAAGAAUACCCGAGAGUAAGAUAUCUUUGUCUAAUUUGCGAACUGGCAUUGCGCACCCCAAGGAGGGGAAACAAAAUCUUAUAUGACUUUGAAAGAUACGGUGAAACACCAGCAAAAAAAACCGCACUUCUCAUUCAACAAAAACGGAGUAAAGGGUUCGAGCUGUGCAUGAAUUCAAAAGGGCGAACCAUAAGUCACCGGACUUCGAGUAACAGACAUCGGAAGUUACAGCCCUUCAGGUACACAUGAGCCUGUUGUUUUGCCAUUUUUUAAAGACUUAAACUGGUAAAUUUACAAUAUAAAUAAAUAUAUAUAUAUAUAAAUACAUAUAUAUAUAUAUAUAUAUAUAGAUAUAUAUGUAUAUAUUUAAUUAAAGAAAUAGAAUAGCUGAAUAUUUACCAAGGCAAAUUUCAACCAAAGCUUCAGCAAAAUAACAACAGAGUAUAAUACCUUUGCGAAACAAUUAAAUGAAAAUUGUUCUCACGCAAUUCUUACUGAAUCUACAAAACAAACAAAUUAUGUACACCGUUGUUUAAUUAAAGCACAAUUAAUUCGCGGUACCGGUUAGAUAUACCAAUUCAUGCUUAUUCUCAGUACAUUUGUUAAGUGAAAAGCGGCGGCAAUACAAAAAAAAAGAAAA